CUCACAUUUGCUCGAGCUUUUUCAGAGAGAGAAAGUGAAGAGAGAGAGAGAGAGAGAGAGAGAGAGAGUUCCAUCACAGCUUCUCUCUCUGCAACUUUCUACAUUUCUAGCUUUUUUCCUUAUUUCCAGCUAAGUGUAAAGGUCUGGUCUUUCUUUUCGUUCCCUCUCUCUUGAUUUGCUCUCAGAGUUCUUGAAUUACUGAUUGGAGGGUGUUUUAUGUAUUGGCUAUGCAGAGUGUUUGUCCAAAGAAAGAGUAGAUUGAAGAAGCGGGUGGUGUUUUGGACCAAUGGUUGGGAACAGAUCUGCAGUGAAUUUCUUCAGUUUGGAGAUCCUCUUGGGAUUCGCUUUAGUUUUCACAAUCAGAAUUUCCCUGGGAUACACAAAUCCUAGUGAUGUUGCUGCUAUCAAUAGCUUAUACGUUGCAUUGGGUUCGCCGUCUCUUCCGGGAUGGGUAGCCAGUGGUGGAGAUCCCUGUGGUGAACUUUGGCAGGGAAUUGUAUGUGAAGAUUCAUCCAUAAGUUCAAUAACAUUGAUUGGCGCUAAUUUGGGCGGGGAAUUGGGUGACAAUCUUGGAGGAUUUUCUUCUAUCAAAUCGAUAACACUGAGCAACAACCUUAUUGGGGGUAGCAUUCCGACCGAUUUACCAGCGACAUUAGUCAACUUUUUUCUUUCAGAUAACAAACUGACAGGAAGUAUACCUAGUUCCUUAUCGUCUCUAAGUCAAUUAUCAGCUAUGUCCCUUAACAAAAACGAAUUAACUGGAGAAAUUCCUGAUGCUUUUGAAGGGCUUCCAGCUUUGAUUAAUUUAGAUUUGUCCAGUAACAAUUUGAGUGGGCAGUUGCCACCGUCCAUGCAAAACUUGUCAGGUCUCACUACCCUUCAUUUGCAGAAUAAUCAGCUAUCUGGAACUCUUGAUGUUUUGCAAGAUCUUCCUCUUAUAGAUUUGGAUAUAAGAAACAACCUAUUCUCUGGACCAAUACCUCCAAAGAUUUUGAGCAUACCCAAUUUCCGGAGAGAUGGGAAUCCGUUCAACUCUAGUGCUGCUCCCUUACCUCCACCAACGUCCUCGGGAACACCGCCACCUGGAUUGCCAUUUUUUCCAGGACCAGCUUCUGAACAAAGACCGCCACCGCCUGGACGAAGACCGUCAAGACAGGCUGAUGGACCAUCAACAACAGAAGAAUCAAACCCUGAAAGAUCAAGGAAGUCCUCGAAUACAAAGAGAAUUGUAUGGAUAUCAAUUGCAGCAGUGCUGUCUUUCAUAAUAUUGCUAUUAGCAAUCCUACUUUUCAUGCCAAGAUGUCUUAGGGAAAUAAGAGAAACAUACAGAACACCAAAACGGCAUGAAAUAGCCCCAUACAUGGGCGCUAGGGAAAAUCCUAGAGAUGGUGGUUCCUUGGUCCUACCAAGCCAUGAUGAAGAGAAAGCUCCUCCAGUGGCUGUUGUGAGGACUAAGGAAGAGAAUCGACAAAGAACAGCAGGUUCAAUACCCAAACCACGAAAUGAAGAGGAGAUAAAUAAGCAGCCAAUGAGUGGAGCACCUAGGAGGAAUCAAUACGAGAUAGACAUGAGCAGAUUCGAUAUAGAUAUGAUGCCACCACCUCCACCACCACCUCCACCACCGCCUCCUCCUCCACCCCCUCCUCCACCACCGCCUCCGCUUCUAUCAGAGAAGGUUAUUGUGAAUCCAAUUGUAGCACCUGAAGCAACUUCAACCAGACCUUUGAUGGGACAUAUUCCAAAAACUUCUGUGAAAGCUUACUCAAUAGCAUCUCUUCAGCAGUAUACAAAUAGCUUUUCACAAGAAAAUCUUGUUGGCGGUGGAAUGCUUGGAAAUGUGUACAGAGCAGAGCUUCCUGAUGGACGGUUACUUGCAGUCAAGAAAUUGGACAAGAGAGUGUCAAACCAACUGAAGGAUGACCAGUUUAUUGAGCUUGUUAAUAGUCUUGAUCAAAUUCGCCAUGCUAAUGUGGUUGAGCUCAUGGGUUAUUGCUCUGAGCAUGGCCAGAAGCUUCUCAUAUAUGAGUAUUGUACUAAUGGAACCCUGCAAGAUGCCCUGCACUCUGAUGAUGAAUUUAAGAAAAAACUCUCAUGGAAUACUCGUAUCAGGAUGGCGCUUGGAGCUGCUAGAGCACUAGAGUAUCUGCAUGAGGUCUGUGAACCGCCUAUAAUCCACAGGAAUUUCAAGUCAGCUAAUGUUCUCCUCGAUGAUGAUCUUUCUGUCCUUGUCUCUGACUGUGGUUUGGCUCCGUUGAUAUUGUCAGGGGCUGUAAGUCAGUUGUCGGGACAGCUUCUCACAACCUAUGGCUACGGUGCCCCUGAAUUUGAGUCGGGAGUAUAUACUCCCAAGAGCGAUGUCUACAGUUUCGGAGUGGUGAUGUUGGAACUCUUAACGGGAAGAAUGUCAUACGACAGGACACGGAGUCGAGGAGAGCAAUUUCUGGUCAGAUGGGCAAUCCCUCAGCUUCAUGACAUUGAUGCCUUGUCGAGAAUGGUUGAUCCUGCGCUGGAUGGAAACUAUCCUGUUAAAUCAUUAUCACACUUUGCUGACAUUAUUUCCAGAUGUGUCCUGGCGGAGCCUGAAUUCAGGCCACCGAUGUCCGAAGUCGUGCAGGACCUCAUGCAGCUGAUACGGAGGGAAUCUCCAAGUAGAUCAGACAGGGACUAACUUAGCAUACAGUACUCACAAGCGGUGAAAAACAGGUCACUAGGAGCAAGAAUCAUGGGAUACACAACAUGAGCACAAAAACCAAACAAGCUGCGGAGCUGAUGCUUUCCUUGCACUAACCUGACUCGGAUUCAGAUGUUUUCUCGUGUACAAGGUCGUACGUGCUCAAGAAGAGGUUUAUAUGGCAAUCGAUUCACGACCCUUUUGAGAUGUGAUCGUCCCAGGUUCUUGUCCGGUGCUCAUUGUUUGUGCAAUUCUAAUAUUGACUUAAACUGUUUGGAGGCACGCUAACCCGAUUAUUGGAUGGUUAUCGAUUCUUGGUCUUGAAGUGUUUGUGUUUCUAUUCAUGAUUCUUUCUUUUAAGGACCUGUUUAUGGCUUGAGCAUAACUGGAUCAUGCUAGGCGAAGAUGAACUAAUGUUGGGUGCAUAGUUACAUUUUUAUUCUUACAAUU